CCUCACCAGUGUUGCCAAUCUGUGUGGAAUUCCACAAAAUGUGUGGAAUUUCCUCGAAUGUGUGUAAUUGGUGGGGAAUACUCAAAUGUGGGCGUUUUGUGGGGAACUUAAAUACUCAAAAAGAAGAAAAUUGUAAAGCGAAGCAAAUAGAGUUUUAAAAUCAGUGAUAAAAACAAAAUAUCGAUAAAUAUCGCCCGGCUCUAGUUUAAAAACGCGAAACGGGCCGCGUAUGAAUAGCAUGUACUGCCAUCUACCGUGCGUGCUAUAACUAUGUAUAACGAAAUCGCCUCGUCUCUUUUUAAUAACACUACUUAAUAAAUGAUAGAAAUAUAACUCAGUGCCCAAUGCACCCUCUAAAAGAAUUUUAAAUUUUAAACGUUAGACAAAGACGUAUGGUGUUUUGGACGUAUGGGAUCCACAGGUUAGAGCACUCUUGGUCUGUGGAGCACUCCUGCUGUGCACUCCUGUGGAGCACUCCAUAGGUGUUAGGUUCUAGGUUGUACGUGUUUAGCACAGGUGUUUAGCUAAAAAUUGUGUGGUAAGUGUUUUACUAGGUCCUUUAUUUAUAGGUAAUUCUAGUUUAAACUACAUUAUUCCAAUCGAAAAGUAAGUGAAUCUAGUUUUUGUUUUAUUUUUCUAUUGCUAUAAGGUGACGGCGCGGCGUAGAAAAAAGGGAACGGGUGUAGGCAUAUACUUUACUUAGCCUUUCUGCAUUUUAAACAUGGAUAACUGGUUAAUUAAGAAGCCAAAAUUAACAAUUAAUAGUCUUGAAUUAGAUGCAGAGAAUCAGAAUGUAAUGGAUGUGGAGGAUAAUGGAAACACUGCAAGUAGGCCUGAAUUAGACGAUCAAAAUCUAAUAGAUGUAGAGAUCAGUGACAAUGAGAAGAUUGCUUCAUGUAGCUCAGUAGAAUCGACGUUAAAAACAACUCAAUUAGAGGGCGAAUCCCAGAAUAAAAAACCUUCAAAAAAGAAAUUAAAAACUGGCGAAGCAAAAAGAUAUUACAAAUUUAUUAAUUCAUGGUUGCAGGAGCCAAAGUUCAAAGACUGGCUUAUUAAACUAGAAACCACAACCAAUAAUAAAAACGAGUAUGCCUUUUGCAAGGCAUGUAACAUGUCUUUAGUUGCCCAUAAAAAAGACUUAUAUAGACAUGAGUCAACUGAAAGGCAUCAAAACAAUAUUAGACAAAUUGCGGGUAAUUCCAAAAUAACAGAUAUAUUGACAAAGCGGGGAGGAGAGGCCACUAAACGAGCUGAAAUAAAAUUAUGUGGUCUUCUUGCCUCUAACAACCUGCCAUUUCUACUUAUGGAUACUCUUGCGCCAUUAUGCUCUAAUAUUUUUCCAGACUCGCAAAUCGCUAAAGACCUCAACUUAAAAAGGACCAAAGCAGCGGCGUGUGUGAGGGAAGCAUUAGGCAAACAAUUUAAGAAACAACUUAGUGCUGAACUUCAGAAACCCGGCUGUUUUUUUUCCAUAAUUAUGGAUGAAACUACGGACAAGAGUACUUCUAAACAAUGUGCCUUUACCAUUAUAUUUUUUAAAGAGUCAGUUGAAACUAGAUUUUUUGAUAUGGUUGAGGUUCCAAAUGGAGAUGCAGAAACUCUCUUCAAUACAUUAAAAGAUGUAAUCGCUAAAAAAGAUAUACCGUUUUCAAACUUGGUAGGAUAUUCCUCCGAUACUACUAAUGUAAUGUUUGGAGAAAAUAAUUCGGUUGUAUCGCGAUUAAAAAUUGAAUUUCCAAAUAUUUGUUGCAUAAAGUGCUCUUGUCAUUUAAUUCACUUGGCAUCAUCAAAAGCCUGUCUUAACUUACCGAGGUCUAUAGAGGAUCUUCUGCGUAACGUGGGGGCUCAUUUUAGUAGGAGCGCAUGCAGGCAAGAAAAAUUUCAGGAGUUUCAAAAUUUUUUUAACGUUCAAUUCCACAAAAUAAAACUCCUUUCUAAUACAAGAUGGCUUUCAAUGCAAGGCUGCGUCGAUAGAUUCUUAGAACAAUUUGAUGCUCUAGAAGCCUAUCUUACUGAUUUAGUAUUUACGGAUCACUCAAGGACAACUGAGGAUAUGCUUUCUAUCAUCAAAAACAAGUUUACCCGUAUCUAUUUAGAGUUUAUGUCCUACGUGCUUGGUAUUCUAAAUAAUUUUAAUAUUUUAUUCCAGACCGAAAGCCCCUUGUUACAUAGGCUGAAACCCGAAACAGAGUCCCUUUUAAAAACUUUAUGUUCAAAUUAUAUAAAGAUGUCAGUGGUGAAAAACACAAAAAAUAUUUUUCAAAUUAAUCAUGAAAAUCCACAUUCUUUUGUGGAGCAUGAAAACAUGUAUUUAGGCAUACAAGCCACAGAAUCUUUAAGUAAUGUUAAAGAUCAUGUUUCUAAAGAGGACCUGUUGCGAUUUUAUACAAGCUGCCUCAAUUUUUAUAUUAAACUGGUUAGUGAAAUUAAAAAAAGGUUUCCUUUUGAUGAUAGUGUUUUUUCUUUAUUAGAAAUACUAGAUCCGUUAAGAGCACAAUCAUUUGAAACUAAGAGCUUAUAUAAGGUCUUGGAAAGGUUUCCCAUUUUAAGAGAAUAUGUGGACCCCCAGGAGCUCGAUAGCGAGUGGAAGGCCCAUGCAUUAUUGAAUUUUGCAGAACAUGGUUUACAAUUACCCAUUGAAAGUGCCGAAAAAUAUUGGGUCAAAGUGUUUGAUUUAAAAAAUACGAUCAACGAAAUUUUAUAUCCAAAUUUGAAAGUGGUUAUAUCUUUUUUACUUAUUCUUCCAUUUUCUAAUGCGUCGGUAGAAAGAAUAUUUAGUUCUUUAAAUGACAUAAAAACCGAUACCAGGGUAAAUUUAGAUAAUUCCACUAUGGAAGCCCUACUACAUACUAAACAGGGUAUCAAAUUAAAUGGUGGAAUUCUUAAAUUUGAACCCGAUAAAGAAAUGUUAUCCACUAACAUUUGGAAAAAAUAAAAAUUAUAAUGUUACCAUUUUUUAUAACUUUUUUAGGAUUAGUUAUAUAUGUUUUAUGUUUGUUUUUCCUAAAUAAAUCUUAAAAUUUU